AUGGUAGCAGGGAAUGUCCUAACUCACGACGUGGUUCGCCUGACUCCAGUGGGUGGGCAGUGUGCUGUCGGAGCACACGCUCUCCGGUUGUCCCGCUUCUCCUCUGCGAGGGCUCUGAAGCCCCGGAGCGGCGGGGGCGGAGGUGGCCCGCCCCCGGGGGCGGAUAAAGCGGUGGCACCGCCCCGGGACACGCUGAGAGGAGCGGAGCGCGCAGCGGUGCCGAGGCGGGCGCUGCUAUGGGAGCCGGAGCGGUGCCGGGGCUGCUGCUGGUGGGUGCUGGGGGAACCUUGCGGGUUUUUCUGUCCUCCUUUUCCUCAAGAGACUUUAGUUACACUACUGAUAAUGCCUGGAACAGGAGCACAGGACUGCGGGGAGGGAGAAUACUUACAUGAAGGUCACUGCUGUGUAUCUUGUCCAGCAGGUACUUAUGUUGCUCAGCACUGCAGUGCUCCGCACUUGAGAGGAAGAUGUGUCCCUUGCACUGAAGGAGAGGGUUAUACCGCCCAUGAGAACGGCUUGGAAGAAUGCUUGUCAUGCAGACAGUGCAAAGAUGAUCAGAUAACUUUGAGACCCUGUACUCUGACGCGUGAUACUGAAUGCCAAUGCAAACAAGGGUAUUUCUGCCCUGCUGAGGGCUGUGAAAUAUGUCAGAGAUGCAGUACAAUGUGUCCGGAAGGGAAAGAAAUUGUGCAGCAUUGCAAUGCUACUACGGACCUGGGAUGUGGCUUACCUGAUCAAGCUGCUUCAGCUGAUAAAGAUGCAGAGAAAGGUCUGGAGUCUGAGGGCAGUACUGAAAGCCUCAUUUUACCAGAAGUGGAGACACCUGCAAAUAAUACAGCCAACCCAGAGGAUAAGAACUCUGGUGAGAGCCCAGAAGGCCAAGUGCAAACCCACCUUAACUUGGAAGUUAAAAAGCCAUCACCAGAGGAAAACAGAAUUGCGCUUUCUGAGCGGGGCACCAUCCUGCCUAGGGGCUGGAGGCGCCAAAUGGAAAGGUACUGCAGGAGGAUCACUGAGUCUUCACUAGCAGCAAAAACUGGGCAGAAUCUUGCUUUUCAUCAGAAUGCCCCCUCUAAUGUACCAAGCAGUAGGAUACCAACAAAUCGUACGGUACGAAACCCAAAGUAUCGAAUAAUUGUUAAAGAUCUUUCUCAAAAAGAACUGAGAGAUAGCUUUUUUGCCUUCAUAAAGGAAGUGCCCCUGAAAAAAUGGAAGCGGCUUAUGAGAACUCAUCUGCAGGAAAAUGAUAUUGAUAAAAUUAUUUGUGACUUUCCUAACGAUACAGAAGAGCAAUCUUAUCAGAUGCUUCUUACCUGGAAAAACUCACUGGGAGAGAAACAAUCGAUUAUUAAGUUACUGGAUGAGUUAAGGUAUCUAGAUAACAAGGCUUAUGAUAACAUAUUGAACACUUUAAAAAGUAAUAGCAUUAUUAGUAAAGUAGAAGUUACAGAUUAA